AUAAUCGCCGAGAGACGAUUCUUCUUCCGGGUUGUACUGUUUUGUUAUGCCAAGCGAAAAACACGUUUAAGAGCGUCACGUUAUAAAUACACUAGUCUUCUGAGUUUUGGGAAACAGACUUAGAAAAUAUCAGUACGAGAUGCAAAGACCACAGUUUCGCCAUCCCCGCCAGGGCUCUGGUCCACGGGCAGCAGGCUUCCGCAGCCCGCCUCCAGCCUUCGACAGGACAGGGAGUCUGAUUCCAUCGCCUCCGUGGGCAUUUUCUACCCCACCGCCGCCGUUUGGACCUAGAUUUGGACAGUGUACUCCUAAUACACCACCCAGAGAGUUUGGUGGUAACAGAGGCGGCGGCGGUGGGAAAUAUUUUAACGUUCAGUCUCCGGGUCAUACUCCGCGCAGAUCGAGCCCCAGUCCCCGCGGCGCACCGUUCAGACGCUCGCCGUAUGAGAGUCCAGGACGACACUCUGGAUAUCAGGGUUCCCCUCGGACAUCCACUCCGUUUGGGUCGGCGCAUGGCAGGGAAAGAGGGGCAAAUGAUAUGGAAAAAUAUUACAAACCGUCAAUGCUCCAAGAUCCCUGGGCUGACCUACAGCCCAUCUCAGUUACACAAGAUCAGUCUAAAUGCAACUCCAAACAAACCAAUACAAGCAGACAAGGGAGGUACUACAAUUAAAACCUUAUCUAACUUUUUAUUUAGUGCACCAGUUGUGCACUGUUUUUUAAAGUCAAAAGGAGCCAGACGAACACAUGGACCCGAGGCAGGAUUCACCAGCAAUAAUUCUUGAGAAACUGACUUCACAACAUUUGAAAUUUAAAAUCAAAUGUAUUUGCUUGUAUAAAGAGACAUUCUCUUUUACUUUUAUAUCUGCACCUCAACGACAGGAUCAUAAAACUGGGGUGCUGUUGUAACUGGCAGCCUAUUUAAAGUAGUUUGCCAUCUCUGGCCCACUCCCAUGGAGUUUGUGAAUCCUUCACUGAAUUCAGAGGAAUAUGUCUUCAAACUCAAAAUGCAGUCUUAACAAAAAGAUGUCUGAUCAACACAUCCAUCUACCUCUCAAUAUUGACUGUGUGCUGUUAACUAGAACCGGUCAGGUCAAGUAUUUGUAGGUUUGGCUCCUUUACUAAUUUUCUAUGGACUUUUUAUUUUUGGUUUUACCACAGUCUAUGAUCUUUUCUUUUUUGUAUAAAUAAAAAAACAUGGACUGGCAA